UGUGACCAUAUUCUGGUCGACUUUAAAAUACUAAGGAUUUCAUUAACGCUCCAAUGUCAAAGUACACGUGCAUCAUAUGUUUAUCUUCACAUGAGCGGUGUGUUAAAAACUGUAGAAAGCUGACGGGAAAGCGGCUGAGAACUACUUUCCAUUUAAUUCCGACUUCACACUUUCUCUUCGGGGUGGCGCAUCUCAUCGCAGAGGAGGAGGAUGCCGUGAGAACUAAAAGCCCUGUAAUUUACAGAUCAACAACCUGAUUUUACAAUAUCAACUCAGAGUUGUCUCUUCAUGGAAAAGUGACAACAAACAAUUCUGCAAUGAACGCAACGCGUGGAGUGGAGGGCUCAACACCGGGUAAGUGGAUCUGUCUGCUCACGGCACUGGAAGGAGUCGUUGGUUUCAUAGGAAACCUCUUAGUGUGCUUCGUGAUUCUACGCGUCAAAUUCCUGCACAAUAGGGCCAACUACCUCCUGGUGAAUUUGGCAGUGGCCGAUACACUGCUUUGUCUGUAUUCAGUGUUUAAUUGCCUUGCUGUGCAUGAAAACUUUGCACUGAUUCGAAUUGUUCCUACAAACGUUGGUGGGAAAGAACUUUUCUGUCGACUCCUGGCAUCUCGCUAUUUUAGCUGGGCUUUCUCUUGCGCAUCAGCUUACAAUCUCUGUGUGGUAACAUUAGAAAGGUAUGUCGCCAUAGUACAUCCAUUACAAUAUGAAAGGAAACUCACAGCUACAAGGAUGACAUUUCUGAUUGCUCUGUCUUGGACGACAUCGUUUCUUUUUUCUACCCCUCUUCUCUUCUCAAGAGAAUCCAGCAAGGAUCCUGACAAGGCUUGUUUAGAAUUUGGAUAUCCCAGCCUGAUAUAUCCAGUUUCUGUAGGUGUAUUCUUGUUUCUCCUUUCCUUCCUAAUACCCAUAAUGUCGAUGAGUUUUGCCUACUACAAGAUGCAAGUCACUCUCAAAAGACAAGCCAAUGCACUAAACCUGCAGCAUGCAAGGGCUGCAGCCUACGAUCUGGUAAUUGCUAGACAGCGUCUGGUCAACAUGCUGACAAUUGUCGUAGGAGCUCAAAUUAUUCUUUGGACACCAAGUUACAUUAACAGUCUUAUUUGUCUGUAUCCAUCAGACAACGCCCUUUUUGCCUUCUGUGGUUCAACAAGAUAUAUUUAUUUUAGAGGAAUUAGUAAUUUUGCCUUCUAUUUGAAUUCCGUCAUUAACCCGAUAAUCUACGAGUUCAAAUACAAGAAGUUCAGGCAAGGGUUUAAGAUAGCUUGUUGCAGCUGUUUUAAAAGGCGUGGUAAUAAUAGAGUUGACGCUGAUUUGUCCCCAUAGUAAAUACAUUACCGUA